UAUCAUCUGAUGGAAUAUCUUCUCAGCCCGCCGUUCCAUCUUCAUCAUCUGGUGCAGUCUCUUCACGACAAACUGGACGUAGUACUAGCAAUGAAGAGCCUCAUUGGUUUGUCGAUGUUAUAGAUGAACGUCAAGUAAUCAAAACAAUUAGAUUGAAGGUUAAGGAUGUCCAUAACUUGGAUAAAGGAUUGCGUAUAAUUGUAGAAUUUGAUGAAUAUCAUGCAGCAAUUGGGAAAUCGGCUGGCCUAAUUGUUGGAGUUUUAGGGCAGCUAGCAACAAAUCCUAUGUACUUUCCUAUUGGCUUUGAGAAAUGGCAAUCCAUGCCCAAAUCUUUUCUGGACCGUGUUUUUAAUGAUAUAAUAGUGCCUCGAUUUUUUUGUACAAUUGAUCAACAAAAGGCAAAGGCAUGGCUUAACAGUUCCAUUAACAAAAAGUGGAGGGAGUACAGGCUAAAACUAUGGAAGGAGGCUGACGAUCCAUUAUUAAGUAAAGAAGAUAUCAUCAAGAACGUUCAGGAUGGCAUACCGAUGGACCAAUGGGCACUGUAUGUUACUUAUCGCAUGAAAGAGGAGACAAAGGUACUUUCUUCUGCUAUUGCUACUUCUGCUUCUUCUUCUGUUUCUGUUGCUUUUUUUUUUCUACUGCUUCUCUGCUUCAUCUGCUAUUGUUGCUUUUUCUUCUUCUGCUACUACUUCUUCUGCUUCUUAUUUUGUUUCCGCUGCUUCUUCUGCUAUUGUUGCUUCCGCUACUGCUAAUUCUGCUUCUUCUUUUGCUUCUGUUGCUUCUUCUUUUGCUUCUGCUUCUUCUGCUAUUGUUGCUACUGCUAUCUGCUUCUUUAGGCUAUCUGCUUCUUUGGACUCUCAAGUCGAAAUGCAACUAUUAACAUUGAGGUGCAGUAUUUAGUGAGUUUGGGGAUGUUUGCAUUACUGUAAAGUCUAACUAGUUUGGGAAUGAGGUGCACUGACUAGUGAAUUUGUUUGAUGUUUAGAGGCGAAUUAUGUUUUAGGCCUUGUACAAAGCAUAUUGAUGAAAUCGUGUGAUUUCAACAAGCUCUGUUGGUU